AUGCCUUUUCUGUCUCCUGAUGUACAUCUCAUUCAUGAGUUUAUUGAGUGGGGCCUGGCUAACUUCGUACAGAAUACUCGCGACUCCCGUGGUGCUGCAAUUUGGCAUCGAGCAAAAAUCUUCCAUAUUGCAACGGGGCCUCACCUUGGAAACAGUGAUAUGAAAAGACUGCCUUCCAUGGUCCUCGAUACGUCAGACAUGGUUGACAUUUUCCACACGAUUUCUUUGUCACCUUUCAAUCUUCGCCUUAUCAGCGCUUGUACAUCCCUUGAGUUUGAUCUAUCGAGCAUGGAUUUCACACCCCCUUGUAACCUCCAUAUUGCAGUAAUGGAGGCGAUAUUUAGAUAUUACUGA